CAUUCGUUUGUCGCGCUUCGAAGGUAACUCAACGAACGAACAACCAGAACAACCGACAAGCAAAACAACCGAUCGAACCAACAACCAACCAACCAGCCCUCGUUUGGACCGUUAGUUUUCGAAAAACGGUUUUCCUGCCGCAGGGAAAUUUCUCACCAUAAAAAGUGUAGCCUGCAUCUGUGCGCAAAACUCUUCAAAAACUGACUUUUCCGUUUAAUUGAGAAAGUUUUCAAAGCAGCUCACCUUUUUUCGCGUGUGAAAUAACAGAGAAAAAACGUUCAUAUCAGAAGAAACUUUGUUUUGUGACAAAAACCAUAUUUGAUUUGUAUAAAAACGGGUUUAAUCGUGCGUUUAAUUUAUUGAAAAUCGCCUCUCAUUUCAACAAAAAUAUAUUGAAGAAACACAGCUCCCUCGAUCAAAAGCUCAGCAAUGUUCCGCUUCAAUCCCCAAUUGAGUCACGGCUGUGCCUUGGCCCUCAUCUGCUGUCUGCUGAAUCUUCUGAUGAUGCACCAACCCACCAAUGCGGAGCUCUCGCCCGUCGUUCAAGGUGGCGGGCCCAUCAGCAAUCUCUACGACAAUCUCCUGCAGCGGGAGUAUGCCGGACCCGUGGUCUUUCCCAAUCACCAGGUGGAGCGCAAGGCCCAGCGCUCUCCUUCGCUGCGCCUCCGCUUUGGUCGCAGCGAUCCGGACAUGCUCAAUAAUAUCGUGGAGAAGCGUUGGUUCGGCGACGUCAACCAGAAGCCCAUUCGAUCGCCUUCCCUGCGUCUGCGGUUCGGACGCCGCGACCCCACCUUGCCACAGAUGCGACGCACCGCCUACGACGAUCUUUUGGAGCGUGAACUAACCCUCAACAACCAGCAGCAGCAGCAAUUGGGAGACGCAGCCGACGAUCUCAGUGCCGACUAUGAUGGCCUUUACGAGCGGGUGGUGCGCAAGCCGCAGCGUCUUCGUUGGGGUCGCAGUGUGCCCCAGUUUGAGGCAACCAAUGGCGAUAAUGAUCAGCUGUACAACUCUCUGUGGAACUCCGAGAAGAUGCGCCGCAUGCUGUUGGCCUUGCAGCAGUACGAGGCCGCCCCUGGACACGUUGCAGGCUAUGCCAACGAUGGAGACGACACCGAGGCGCAACUGGAUGAAGACACAUCGGAGUUCCAGCGCGAGGCACGCAAGCCAAUGCGUUUGCGUUGGGGUCGUAGCACUGGCAAGGCCCCCGCAACCGAACAGAAGAUUGAAACCUCUUCAAUUGCUCCCAAAAAUUAAAUACUUAUCCCAGAUAUUCAUGGCCAAGGCGAAAGGAACUCCAAAGGACAAUGGCAAGGACAUCAAAUGAUGGGAAAAGAAAAGAAAACUAGAAAAAACGGUCGAAAUAUCCAAAGCCCAAAAAAAACAGUUUUUGAGAGAAUUUUUAAAUAGAGAGAAAGAGAGUGGAGAGAUAGAGAGGAGGAGGAAAGAGCAGAGUCAAUGGCUGAGAAAUAUAUGCAUAUAUUUAACAAACAAAAAAACACAUAUAUAAAUUCUAUAUAUAUUAAACAUAUGAUUAACCCAUUAAUGUCUAACAUUUCGUUUUUGAGCAGCAA